AUGGUGGUGUGGAUACAAUUCCCAGCCUUCCCGGUACACUUCUAUCACAAGGAGAUUCUCUUCACACUUGGGAAUAUGGUGGGCAGAGCAAUCAAGCUAGAUUUUCACACCCAACACCAACAGCGAGCGAAAUUUGCCCGGAUGGCCGUGGAGCUUGAUCUCUCUAAGCCGCUGGUUACGCGGAUCCGGCUGGACGGAAAAUGGCAAUAUAUCGAGUAUGAGAACCUACCAACAUGCUGUUUUGAGUGUGGAAAAAUUGGACACACUUCGUUGACAUGUUCUACGCUAGCGGCGAUAAGUCCACCGCUGGUCGCCGGAGUCAUAGUCAGCGAUCAGGGAAACGCGCCGGCGACACCGUCGGAGGACCGAACAGGCUUUGGGCCAUGGAUGCAGGUCACACGGCGAUCACGGAGGGGAACACACUCGCUAGAAAAAGGAAAGGCUAGCGAAAUCCCAGGGGAAUCAGUAAGUACCGGCAAAGAAGGGAAAGGAAAGAUUUUGCAGAAAGAUAAGGAAAGCUUUGUAGAACAAAAAAGAGAACUGAACCAGAGGAAGGAGACGGGUAAGAAUGGGGCUAAGGAAAAGGGAAAGACAGCUGGAGCCAACCAUCUCAACGGGAAAGAGAAAGGAGAAAAAGAAGUGGCUAGUUCGGCCCAGGGGGGAAAGGGAUCCUUGGGCCCAUCCCGCCUAAUAGAGUAA